CAACAAACGAUGCAGGUUAUUAAUUUUUUUGAACCGCUGGUUUUCGUUAUUUUUGCAGUUUUAAUUAAGUGCGGCUUCAGUAAGUACUAAGUACUUGCAAAUGUAAAUGUCCUUUAUAUAAUAAUUUAUCAUCAUGUUAUUUUAAGUAUUCUGUGUGGUCAUUUGGUUUCCGAGUCCGUUGUUGUGAUCAGAGAGAUCAUGAAAUGUCGGUGAAUGCCAGACAUCACUAUCAUUGUCUUUUGAAACAAAAACUCCUUCGUUGGCCUGAUGCGGAUAACACUCCGCUCGUGGAAAUCCAUUUUGCGCAGCACUGAACUUGGAAAAAUGUCUUCUCCGGGUGGAGAAUCUUUGCCGCGAAAAUACUUCGUUGUUACUCUCGUUGUAUCCGCUUAUUGGUUUAUUUCCAUUACACUGGUAUUUGUGAACAAAUACCUCCUAAGUGGCACCGAUGUUAAGUUGAAUGCACCAUUUUUCAUCACUUGGUUUCAAUGCGUCGUCACCGUCAUUCUACUUUUUCUGCUGCACGGAUUGUCCAGACUUUUCCCUUCCGUCUUCACAUUCCCGUCGAUGCAUAUUGACAAAAAAGUUUCGCGCGAAAUUCUUCCCCUAUCUAUUGUAUUUGUUUUGAUGAUAUCCUUCAACAAUCUCUGCCUGCAGUAUGUGGGGGUUCCAUUUUACUAUAUCGGUCGAUCUUUAACAACAGUUUUCAACGUGCUCAUGUCUUACGUCAUCUUGCGGGAAACUACGUCACUGCGCGCAAUCAUCUGUUGUGGAAUUAUCAUUUUUGGGUUUCUUCUGGGCGUACAACAGGAAGAUGUUUCAGGAUCUCUGUCAAUAGCUGGGGUGGUUUUCGGUGUUUUGGCCAGCCUUUUCACCUCGCUGAAUGCAAUUUACACGAAAAAGGUGUUACCCGCUGUGGAGCAGAACAUAUGGAGACUCACGCUUUACAACAAUUUCAAUGCUUUGAUUUUAUUUCUUCCUCUGAUUAUUUUUACCGGAGAAGUCAACAGACUGAUUUCUUUUCCAAAACUGAAUGAUUCAGUAUUUUGGGGAGCUAUGCUGGUUGGUGGGUUGUUUGGCUUCCUAAUAGGAUACGUGACUGGACUGCAGAUACAGGUUACAUCGCCGCUGACGCACAAUAUCAGUGGAACCGCCAAAGCGGCUGCACAGACGGUGGUGGCUGUGAUGUGGUAUCACGAAAUUAAAACAGCCUUAUGGUGGAUUAGUAAUGCCGUGGUUCUCAUUGGAUCUGCAUUGUAUACUUGGGUUCGCGGUAAAGAGAUGAAAGAGCAACAUAACCGUGCCAGUGGUCACCAGUAUCAGCAGCUGCAAACCAAGGAAAAGGAUCCUGAAGAUGACGUGGAAAUGGGACCGAAAGCUUAACCAGCGGUGGCUUUCAAGGAAUUUUGUUCGGAUGCUUUUCAGCUUGUGGUAGUAGAGCUGUUGUUUAGUUAAUUAAGUUUAAUUGUCGUUGGAGUAUUAGUUGACGUUCCCGGGCGAAAAUUUUGUUGUGCGACAUGUGUCCCUGCUCACACAACCGAUUCCGUUGAGUGGAGGGCCGAAGCUUGGAGUUAAAAGUUGUAUACGAGUA